UUAUUUGUUUCAACCAUGACGAGAAACGAAACAUGUUGGCAGUCUCUAUGCGCACUGAACACACCCUCAGAUUCAGUCGGCCCUGAGUCGGGUCGGCCAUCAGUAUCGUCACCGUGCGAAGAGUCAUCUCCCAAAAUGAUUGUAACCAGAUUGAUCCCAGAGGUUAGGACUUUGAAAACGGUAUUAAGAAGGAAUUAUGGUGUAAGUGCAGUUCUUUUACAAAAAGCAGGUGACCCCAUUCAACAGCUUUUUGUGGACAAAAUUCGAGAAUAUGGAAAGAAGAAGGGGGCAGCUGGUGGAAAGUUGGUAGAUUCCAACCCUCAGAUUGAAAGGGAAAUGCAGCAAGAAUUAGACAAGGUUGCUCGCCAGUAUGGAGGAGGACCUGGUGUUGAUAUGACAAAAUUCCCUGCAUUUGAAUUUACAGAUCCCAAGAUUAACCCCCUGUAAGUUCUGCUUUUAUCAUCUGUUUGUAUAAAGCUCCUUUAUAAUUUAAUGUCAACACUGAGAUGUAAAAUGUUAAUAAACAAAUGUAGAUUUUGAAA